UUCAAAUCGAGGACCUUACUUCAAGAACCGUACAAUACUUAUAACUCAGGACAACACCCUCGCCCACUGCAGUCUGAGGUGUUUCGUUCCAAGGGGAGCUUUGACACAUGACAAGAACCCCGGUCUCUUUCCAUUGCUCCAUGAUGCUGCUGCAAAAAGAUUCCAUUCGGCUUCAGCCGUGACUUGAUAUCAGCUAAGCAGCACAACUAAUUGGCUACAGGCAUCAUGGGCGAGACUGGACACUUUACUUGGCGAGCAGGACGGAGUCGGUUUGAAUCUCGUCACUCGACCAAUUUUGUCUCAGAAAAAGCCUUUCGGGCUCAACGGUUAUAAUGUCAUUCUGCCAUCGGCAAGUGAUACUGCAAUGCUAAUGUUACAUGGUUUUUCCAGAUCACGUAUAUCAUCCCUCUAACAGCUUCUAUCAUGGCCACCGUCAAUCUUCUCCCUGUCGACAGCGCGACAGCAGGAGAAGAGGAAGAGGAAGCAGGCCCACCCUUUGGCGAACGUCAGCGCCUUUAUCUCCGACGACCAUCUUUCCGGUCCCAAAAAUGGGCCACUGGCAACAUUCAAACACCAAGCCGAAGGGUGCACAAAGAUCAUAUAUGGAAGAGAUGAGAACAUGGAUCUAGAUUGAUCCUCAAGAGGAAGAGAAGGGAUGUGGUUUUCCGAGGCAACAGCAAUGCACCCCAUGCUAUUCAAAAAUCGGAGAAAAGUGUGUCGAGCUCAUCGAGUUCGAUCUGCUCCGGACUCAUGGUGCUCCAAGAAGCUUCCCCCAUCUCCACAUCCUCCAUUUGCAAUCCCAAAUCCAUCUUGGCCAAUGUGGCCGGCGGAUCUUGUUUUGCCUGGAUCAAGGGGCUGCUCGAGAACAGUUUCUGUUCCGGCACUUGGAGACUAGGAUGGGUUUGACCAAACAAUUCCAUCCCAAGCUCUCGGUCACGCUUCUGCCGCUGUUCGGGCGUCUCUUCAGAAGCUUCCACAACCUGGACGUUCUCAUCCCCUUCAACCGACUGCUGCACGGUUCGAUUCUGAAGGCUCACGCCACGAGCUCGAACUGCAGUUGCUGUCUCGGUAAAGCCGCGCUCGUCUGCCUCUAGUGGAGGGCUGGGUGCUCGGUUAGGCCGCCGACGAUCUUCCGGUGUACCAUCAGGAUUGAGACUACUUCUGGCGCUGAAAUAUUCGCCGGGUGUCGAAGGCUCUACGGAGUCUUCUUGGUCCAAUUCAGGAGAAUAGAGUUCCACUUCCGGACUGGGAGAGAGUCGCGCUCGAUCUCGCUGCUCCAGAUCCACAUCGUCAUCGGUCUGGCUCUGGUCAGACACACUGGGAGUGAGGUUUUUGUGAGUGAUCCGCGGGGGAGGGAGAAUGUCGUCCGAACUCUCAGGCAAGGGUAACCGUGGCUGCGUGGUCAAGAAGUAGAACACCUUUCUUGGGUGAACGGGAAUGAGCUCCUUGGCCAGCGGGCACGGUGACAGGGCAGUCCAGGGUCGUUUGAGGUAUACACUCAGACGAGAAGAGAGCAACGCAGCAGGGUUGGCAGAACUAUUGAGCAAGUCAGUAAGCAAAACUCCAAGACAACGGUAUGUACGCCACUUACUGCGCAAUGUUUUGGUUUGUGGAGGCGAGCACUGUGGCUAGGUCUCUGAUGAGGUGAGGUCGAUUGCCCGUCUUUUCCAGCUGUUCAAUGACGGCGAUCACUAUAUCGUCGUUGAUUCCCUCGGUGUCCACCUUGCGCACUUGUGCGUCUAGCCCUGGAGACGGAGGCGGAGUGUGUUCGGCUGCACCCCUGCGCGACUGAACGGUGGUGGACGCCGGUAUCUCAACGACUGGAGAGCCAGUUUUGGAGCGAGGGGAGGAGACGGGUGACAGAGGUUCGUCGCCAUCGUGAGAGCGUUUCUGUUUUUUUGCCGGAGGCGUCGGCGUGGACUCGCUGGUUGGUGUAGCCUUGGGAGUUGGGCGGUGAGUGCGCGAGGCAUUAGGCACGUGGAUGCCGAGCGACGGCAGCGACAGUGACUUGCGACGGGUGUUGUAAGGCAUGGUGUAGAUGUGUCAUGUGUCGGUAGUAGAGAAAGGUGAGGCCGCGGUCGUGUCGUCGAGAUGUUGUAUAACGAAGACGGUACGAAGAAGGGGGCGUGUCGGCAACACCAAGGGGGUGGACAAGAAAUGUCCUGGUACAACAGUGUGCGACGGAGUUGGCGAUGACCUGACUUUCCGCAGGCAAAAUGUUUGGGGAUGGAUGAUUUAGGCUGCGACUAGGGAGGAUGAGUGCAGUGUGACGGAGGGAGGCCUGGACGUUGAAGGCGCGGUUGGAGACGUCAAGCCAGCUGGAAUGCAGUGCCAGUGCGUGGCUACGAUGCAAGGUGCCGGGGGAAGCGUGGAGCGGCGCAAAGAAGGGUGCUUCAAAUUCUGCAGCUAAGGGCGCAGGGAAGCAGCUCGACUGGUGAUGCUUCCGCCUCCUUGCGUCAAAGAUCUCGCGACUUCCACUUGACUGGGCAGCUCAAGCAAACAGCGGUAAGCACAGAUGCAUCCACUACUGGUAGACGUUGGCUGAGGCCGGCGGCGAGUGCAAUGAGCACGAGAGAUAUGGUGACGGCGUUGGUGAUCGAGCAGGGUGACGGGUGGUGAAGCUGCAAUGUCUUCCCAGUGUUUGUUUGUUCUCUACCCGUAAGCAGAGGAUGUAACCCGCAGUACUAGUGGGUGAUGGUGGUGGCAGAAUAAUUAUUAUUGUGACUGCGUGCCCGGGAGCCUGCUGCUGGAUGCCGCAAUGGGGGAUCCAAUAGUAGAGGUUGGCGGGUUUGGUUGGUGCAAGUUGUCGGAGGGAUGCUGUGGCAGGGCUCGGGUACGGACGAGGAUGCAAUGCUCGUACAGUAUCACCACGACAAAGAAAGAUACCUGUACGUCGAAGGAAGAUACUACGAGAGCAGCUGGAACAAAAAAUUUCACAGAGCUAUAGAAGCUGUCGUAGGAGAGGCGGAUCAGGUUACAGGUCUGGGAGGAGUAGUAUGAUGAUGGCAACGCACCGGGAGAGGAGGAGCAGGCAGCUUAGCCCAGGCGCCGGUGCAGCCUUCAACAGGUGGCGGAAUGCAUUUUUGGCAAGGGAGGGAAAACCCUGGCGGGUCCCUAGCAAGCCCUGGUACGCAGCCCGGAUCAAGGCCUGUAAGUGAUGGGCUUUUUGGUUUCAGACACCGCGAAUCCCGCCAGAAAUGCCACUCAGGCUGUACCACCACUGCAGGACGACAUCCACUUGCAUCCAUGAGCCAUGCCUAAAGGUACUACUGCGGUAGCCUAUGUUAGAUUCCUACCUACUUCUGGCCGAACAUCGUGGCCCAGAGAUCCGAGAACAUCGAGCCCGCCGUCCACUGACAUCCACUCAAAUUGCUUCCUCUGCGCUCUAGAGCCCUGGCUAGAGCUUCUUUUAGCAUCGUUUGAGCAUUCGGCCCUAAGUCUGCUCUAUCCUGCGCGGAUGCACCGACGACGUCCCAGGCGUUCUUUCUCCGAACCGUCUGACAACCUAUCAAACCACUGUCAAAUAAUGUCUAUCUCAGGCCCUCGAGCCGCAACAGCCAAUCCGCCCAGUCGUAUACCAUAUUGCAACCCCCUCUUACGUUGCUCUGUGUUGAUGCUGGCCAUAAACCUUCGGCUGUGUUUGUAUUCACGGCAUCUGUCCGGAACACUUCCCGACCUCAGCUGCGCCAUCGUUGGAUUUCAUCACAGAAGAGAACUGACUGGUGUGCAGUGUGCUGUAUGGCAAGGUGGCAGGUCAUGGCUGUUGCUAUCCGUUUCAAGAUUCAGUGUACGCGCACAGGCACAUGGCCACCACUGCAGUGUCCACAGGGUUGACCACCCCGGGCUCUCAAUGGUGCUGUAUCCUGCGUCCGUUCGCUUAUAGUCAAAUGAUCUGCAUCGGAAAACGUAACGAUAGCGAUCAAGGACAAUUUGUAGCGGCGGUUCUUUUCUACUGGGUAGAAGAUUAGUGGAACGACAUCACACCAGAUGCAACAACAGCUGGGGCCAGUCUCCUGUAAAUCAAAGCUCGUUUGGACUAGGCACGCAUUAUGAUAUUGCUGAGCUUCAACGACAGUACCAACAUGAGACGCAGCCGAGGCCAACGCUGGAGGGGUUGUAAGCGGCUGAAUACGUUGAUAAUGAUAACUCCUCA